UUUAAUUUAGAAUUAAAUUAGAGUCAACUAGUGAGCCACAAAUUGGAUUACCAACUGAAUUAAGGGAUCGAUCAUCGAUGGUGUAGUUAAGCUAGCUAGCGUCGUCAUCUGUAUCUCAUCUGUACACCCACCCGUCUACACAAACACACGUAGUAGACACCUAUGUACGUACGUACGUAGAGACUAGAGAGCUGCUUGCUUGCUUGCUUAUAUAUAGCAAACUCAACUACCUGUUAAUGGACACAACAACAAGUACGCACUACAAAGAAACUUAGAAAAGCAAGUAAUAAGAUAUGGGUAACAGGAACGACGAGGAUAAGAGGGGUGGAGGGGCAUGCCUUGGUGGUGGCCGUGGGGUUCCGGGGGUGGUAGUAGCACCUUUAUUGGUGCUAGUGUUUGCCGGCAUUGUGGCGCAGGAAGGAAUACUAGUGUUGGCUGCUCAAGAAGUCGACACGUCUUGCCUCAAUUUGCUUGCGCCUUGCCUAAACUACCUUAAUGGAACCCGUCACCCACCGGACAAUUGUUGCGAUCCUCUGAAAUGGGUGAUCAAGUCCAAUCCUGAAUGCUUGUGUCGUAUGAUAAGCAACCGAGGCACCAAUGAAGCUGAGCAAGCCGGCAUCAAUGUCAAUGAGGCUCAGGAAUUGCCAGGAAGAUGUGGCCAACGUGUCAACCCACUCGUCUGCCUUUCAAGUUCACCUAAUAAUUCCAAGAACUCCGUUCCAAAUUCUGCAAACAGCUUUUCGUUGCUCUUUCUUGGAAAUAUGGCGGCCACAACUCUAUCGUUGUCUCUCAUCUUAUAUUUAACUGGCAUCAAAUACAAUAUAGUUUCUCGAUCAAUUAACAGCCUCAUGGACGGAAGACAUUAAUUCACAUUGCAAUAAUCAAACACUUUCUUCUUCUUUCUCUCUGUCUCUUGUUAGUUGUAUCGGGUUUCUUUUUCUCAAUACAAAUUCGAAGAUUACAAAGGGA